CUCAAGAUGCCGCACGCUACAGCCGAGCCCCAAGUACAGUUUUCUUAUGCAGAUUUUGUAAAGCUUCACAGGGUACAGCUGGAAAGUGCAGCUGUUCCAGAGAGAUAUUGGCACACACUUCAUGUAAAAUUAAAAGAUGAGGUGUUUGAUGCUGGAAGUGUAUUUGGUCUUAUGAGAGUGGAACAUGUUGAUGAGGAUGGUGAAGAAACAGGAAAGUAUUCAUGGAAAGCAGCAGUGACUGAUGAUGAGGGUGUUGAUUAUUUGGAUGAAAAACACAUUUACCUGAUAGACCAUGCCUGGUCAUACAGUGCAGAUAAAGCUAGGGCACAGCUGCGUGUUGUACCUGGCUUGGCAGAAAGAAUGGCUGGUAUCAUGGACUUGAAAACUGAGGGCAAAACCAAGGAAGAAAUAGUGGAAGAAAUUUUUAAUGAAAUGUGGAAGUACAAUCAAACCUACAGUUUUGCAAAUGCACCUAAGGGCAGCGAAGAAUCCUUUGCAGUUUGGUACAUUAUGGACGAGUUUGGAUCCAGAAUACAGCACUCAUAUGAACCUAGCUGUAGAUUGGUGCCUUUUUUCUAUGUGCCCAUGCAGUUAACAUUCUCCAUAUUAUUUCCAGUCAAAAAUUUAGAGGAAGGAGAAGAGAUUACUAGAGACUAUGCAGAAAAUACAGACGACCCACUGGUGAAGAAAGCCAAGUUGUUACCUUGGGUGCCAGCAGACAUGACAUAUAUUGGUCACCAGCAGGAAGAGCCAGGAGAGGAGUACUUUGAAAAAUACAGGAGAGAAGAACCAUUGCCAAAUCUAGACAAGACCUUUCCACCAUUACCUAGAGACAGAAGAAUCAAAGUGUUUACAGAUGAGCAAUAUCUUCAGCAAUAUUUAACUAGUGACAGAUUUAAACUAGUUAACAAUGCAAAGGAUGCAGACAUCUUGUGGCUUAUGGAACAUUUUUUUGAUCACAAAGAGUUUAGUGAAGAAAUGCCAGAGAAGUUUAUAAACCAGUUUCCUCAUGAGGCAGUAUUGACUGUCAAAGAUCUGAUGCCUAUUGUUGCUAGGAGAGUUUCUUCAACAACUGAACAGCAAGAUGAAUUGGAGAGUCAGCCAUAUUGGUUAUCACAGACCUAUAACCUGAAUACUGAACUUCCCCAGUUUGCAUCACUUUUCCAGAAACGGGAGUCUAAGGGACUUGACAACCACUGGAUCUGUAAACCUUAUAAUCUUAGUAGAGGCCUUGAUAUUCACAUCACCAGCAACCUGAACUACAUUAUAAAAUUGUCAGAUUCUGGGCCAAAGGUGGCUUGUAAAUACCUUGAUGACACAGUCCUCUUUCACCGCCCAGAAAUUGGAGGGGUGAAGUUUGAUCUGAGAUGGUUUGUGAUGCUGUGUGGUGUUCAGCCAUUAAAACUUUGUGUCUGCAAAACAUUUUAUCCAAGGUUUCCAUGCAAGCCAUUUUCUUUAGAUGACUUGGAUGACUUUGAGAAACAUUUUACUUCAAUGACAUAUGUGUCUCCUCAGAAUGUAGUAGAGGUUUAUCGCAGUGAUUUCAUUUCACGUCUGGAAGAGCAGUAUCCAGGACACCACUGGGAAGAUGUGGAGAAGAAAAUCCUGAAGGCACUCCAAGAACUGUUCACUGCUGCGUACAGUGCCCCUCCCCCAAGAGGCAUUGCCCCUUCCCCACAAUCCAGGGCAAUGUAUGGGAUAGAUAUCAUGCUGAAAUGGAGGACUGACCAAAAUGGUGAACGUUACAUGCAGCCUAUAAUCCUGGAGGUGAACUUCACUCCAGACUGUUCACGUGUCUGCAAGCACUACCCAGACUUUUACAACGACAUGUUUGCAGUUGCAUUUCUGGAUGAUGAUGUGAUUGGAAAACCACUGGUAGUUUUAACUUCAUGACUGUUUGGAAGAUGUUGACAGAAAUACGAGAUGGGGCAUGGUUAAUAUACUAAUAAUUUAUGGUAACGGGACUAAAACUCUAUAAAAUAUUUUCAGUUCACGAAAUGUGCAAUAGUGUUUAAAAUGUUAAAAUUUAUUUUACACGAGAAAAUGUACAUGAAAAAAUAGUGAAACAGUAUUUUUAAAUUCAGGGCACUUUUUAUAAGGUUUUAAAUUGGUGUGCAUUAAAUGUCUAAUCAUGUUGUUAAUGUUAAU